AUGCCAACACAUUGUUGUGUCCCUCUCUGUACCCACAAGGGAUACAAGGAUACGAAGACCGGAGAGAAAAUAUCGUUUUUUUGCUUCCCUAAAGAGCAAAAUUUGAAGCGUCGAUGGCUUCAUGCCAUUCGCCGUGAAGAGAAAAACGACUUCAAAGUUACUACGACAACAAAAGUGUGCUCUCGGCACUUUGAAACCACAGACAUGAAGAAAUCUCUUGCAGGCAUUGUCACUCUAAAGCCUGGGACAGUUCCCUCUAAGUUUUCGUGGACUGUGACAUCUAAUAAAAGAAAAGCACCCACGACAAGACCCGAACCGACCAUGAAAGUCAAGAAGGGCGAUCAAAUUGAGACUUUAGAGUCUAUUGAAGAGUUGUCACAAAGCUCUACUGCUUCUUCUAUUCUAGAAGAGAGCGAAUUAAAUAUAAAAGAAACUUUGUAUGAGUUGAAGAAGAAGCUAGAAGAAGCUAAUACAAGGAUUCAGUCUCUUGAAAGCGAAAAUACGAUGUUGAAAACGAAGUUGUCGGCUUUAGAAGUUCGAUUCAAAACAACGGAGUCAAGAGUGUUCACUCUCGAACAUUUCACGGAAGAUGAAGAAAUAUGCUAUUAUACUGGAUUUCCAAACUACCAGACAUUCCUUGCAGUGUAUAAUUUUCUCGAUCCAGGCGAGAAAGGCGAAAAUAUCCGGUACAACGGCAAUAACAAUACAAGCGUGGAUGAUGAUUUUUACAACCAAGCUGACGAGAGUGAAGAAAGUGAUGACGAGUUGUUGGACGAUGUCGAAGAAAAGUCUCGAAAACGCGGUAGAUCUCGGGCACUGAAGCCGAUUGAGGAGGUUUUCCUCGUUCUCUGCAGACUCAGAAGAGGAUUCUGCGAGAGACAUCUAGGUCACCUAUAUGGCAUCUCACAGUCAACUGUGAGUAGGACACUUACAGCAUGGUUUAACUACAUGUACCUUAAGUUUUCAAAAAUUUGUAUUUGGCCCUCAAGGGAAAAAGUAGACGAAACUAUGCCAGAGUGUUUUCGAGAGAAAUAUCCUACAACUCGUGUCAUCAUUGACUGCACUGAGAUCAGGUGGCAGAUGCCCAGUAGUCUUCUCCUCAAUAGUGAACUUUUUAGCUCCUACAAAAACCAUGUUACCCUUAAAGGCCUGGUAGGCAUCUCUCCUAGUGGAGCUAUGACAUUCAUAAGUCAAAUGUAUCCUGGAAAUAUAUCUGACAAAGAAAUCGUAUCAAGGAGUGGUCUGCUGGAUUUAGAAUUUGAGGACAAUGACACAAUAAUGGCUGACAAAGGCUUUACAAUUGAUGAUAUUCUCCCUUUGGGAGUUAACACAAAUAUCCCUCCAUUCCUUGGAGAUAGUUCACAGAUGUCUGGGGAUGAUGUGGUUAAGACACAACAAAUUGCAAGUUUACGUAUACAUAUCGAGCGCGCCAUAAACAAAAUUAAAAACUUUCAUGUCUGGGAUUCAGUAGUACCACUGAGCUUAUUUGGUGUUGUAAACCAGAUGUGGACUGUCUGUGCAUUUUUAUGUAAUAUGCAAGACCCAAUAAUUUCUGUAUAG